AUGCCCCUGUGUCCCCAUGCUUCCAUCCAUUCGCUCAUGCCCCUGUGUCCCCAUGCUUCCAUCCAUUCGCUCAUGCCCCUGUGUCCCCAUGCUUCCAUCCAUUCGCUCAUGCCCCUGUGUCCCCAUGCUUCCAUCCAUUCGCUCAUGCCCCUGUGUCCCCAUGCUUCCAUCCAUUCGCUCAUGCCCCUGUGUCCCCAUGCUUCCAUCCAUUCGCUCAUGCCCCUGUGUCCCCAUGCUUCCAUCCAUUCGCUCAUGCCCCUGUGUCCCCAUGCUUCCAUCCAUUCGCUCAUGCCCCUGUGUCCCCAUGCUUCCAUCCAUUCGCUCAUGCCCCUGUGUCCCCAUGCUUCCAUCCAUUCGCUCAUGCCCCUGUGUCCCCAUGCUUCCAUCCAUUCGCUCAUGCCCCUGUGUCCCCAUGCUUCCAUCCAUUCGCUCAUGCCCCUGUGUCCCCAUGCUUCCAUCCAUUCGCUCAUGCCCCUGUGUCCCCAUGCUUCCAUCCAUUCGCUCAUGCCCCUGUGUCCCCAUGCUUCCAUCCAUUCGCUCAUGCCCCUGUGUCCCCAUGCUUCCAUCCAUUCGCUCAUGCCCCUGUGUCCCCAUGCUUCCAUCCAUUCGCUCAUGCCCCUGUGUCCCCAUGCUUCCAUCCAUUCGCUCAUGCCCCUGUGUCCCCAUGCUUCCAUCCAUUCGCUCAUGCCCCUGUGUCCCCAUGCUUCCAUCCAUUCGCUCAUGCCCCUGUGUCCCCAUGCUUCCAUCCAUUCGCUCAUGCCCCUGUGUCCCCAUGCUUCCAUCCAUUCGCUCAUGCCCCUGUGUCCCCAUGCUUCCAUCCAUUCGCUCAUGCCCCUGUGUCCCCAUGCUUCCAUCCAUUCGCUCAUGCCCCUGUGUCCCCAUGCUUCCAUCCAUUCGCUCAUGCCCCUGUGUCCCCAUGCUUCCAUCCAUUCGCUCAUGCCCCUGUGUCCCCAUGCUUCCAUCCAUUCGCUCAUGCCCCUGUGUCCCCAUGCUUCCAUCCAUUCGCUCAUGCCCCUGUGUCCCCAUGCUUCCAUCCAUUCGCUCAUGCCCCUGUGUCCCCAUGCUUCCAUCCAUUCGCUCAUGCCCCUGUGUCCCCAUGCUUCCAUCCAUUCGCUCAUGCCCCUGUGUCCCCAUGCUUCCAUCCAUUCGCUCAUGCCCCUGUGUCCCCAUGCUUCCAUCCAUUCGCUCAUGCCCCUGUGUCCCCAUGCUUCCAUCCAUUCGCUCAUGCCCCUGUGUCCCCAUGCUUCCAUCCAUUCGCUCAUGCCCCUGUGUCCCCAUGCUUCCAUCCAUUCGCUCAUGCCCCUGUGUCCCCAUGCUUCCAUCCAUUCGCUCAUGCCCCUGUGUCCCCAUGCUUCCAUCCAUUCGCUCAUGCCCCUGUGUCCCCAUGCUUCCAUCCAUUCGCUCAUGCCCCUGUGUCCCCAUGCUUCCAUCCAUUCGCUCAUGCCCCUGUGUCCCCAUGCUUCCAUCCAUUCGCUCAUGCCCCUGUGUCCCCAUGCUUCCAUCCAUUCGCUCAUGCCCCUGUGUCCCCAUGCUUCCAUCCAUUCGCUCAUGCCCCUGUGUCCCCAUGCUUCCAUCCAUUCGCUCAUGCCCCUGUGUCCCCAUGCUUCCAUCCAUUCGCUCAUGCCCCUGUGUCCCCAUGCUUCCAUCCAUUCGCUCAUGCCCCUGUGUCCCCAUGCUUCCAUCCAUUCGCUCAUGCCCCUGUGUCCCCAUGCUUCCAUCCAUUCGCUCAUGCCCCUGUGUCCCCAUGCUUCCAUCCAUUCGCUCAUGCCCCUGUGUCCCCAUGCUUCCAUCCAUUCGCUCAUGCCCCUGUGUCCCCAUGCUUCCAUCCAUUCGCUCAUGCCCCUGUGUCCCCAUGCUUCCAUCCAUUCGCUCAUGCCCCUGUGUCCCCAUGCUUCCAUCCAUUCGCUCAUGCCCCUGUGUCCCCAUGCUUCCAUCCAUUCGCUCAUGCCCCUGUGUCCCCAUGCUUCCAUCCAUUCGCUCAUGCCCCUGUGUCCCCAUGCUUCCAUCCAUUCGCUCAUGCCCCUGUGUCCCCAUGCUUCCAUCCAUUCGCUCAUGCCCCUGUGUCCCCAUGCUUCCAUCCAUUCGCUCAUGCCCCUGUGUCCCCAUGCUUCCAUCCAUUCGCUCAUGCCCCUGUGUCCCCAUGCUUCCAUCCAUUCGCUCAUGCCCCUGUGUCCCCAUGCUUCCAUCCAUUCGCUCAUGCCCCUGUGUCCCCAUGCUUCCAUCCAUUCGCUCAUGCCCCUGUGUCCCCAUGCUUCCAUCCAUUCGCUCAUGCCCCUGUGUCCCCAUGCUUCCAUCCAUUCGCUCAUGCCCCUGUGUCCCCAUGCUUCCAUCCAUUCGCUCAUGCCCCUGUGUCCCCAUGCUUCCAUCCAUUCGCUCAUGCCCCUGUGUCCCCAUGCUUCCAUCCAUUCGCUCAUGCCCCUGUGUCCCCAUGCUUCCAUCCAUUCGCUCAUGCCCCUGUGUCCCCAUGCUUCCAUCCAUUCGCUCAUGCCCCUGUGUCCCCAUGCUUCCAUCCAUUCGCUCAUGCCCCUGUGUCCCCAUGCUUCCAUCCAUUCGCUCAUGCCCCUGUGUCCCCAUGCUUCCAUCCAUUCGCUCAUGCCCCUGUGUCCCCAUGCUUCCAUCCAUUCGCUCAUGCCCCUGUGUCCCCAUGCUUCCAUCCAUUCGCUCAUGCCCCUGUGUCCCCAUGCUUCCAUCCAUUCGCUCAUGCCCCUGUGUCCCCAUGCUUCCAUCCAUUCGCUCAUGCCCCUGUGUCCCCAUGCUUCCAUCCAUUCGCUCAUGCCCCUGUGUCCCCAUGCUUCCAUCCAUUCGCUCAUGCCCCUGUGUCCCCAUGCUUCCAUCCAUUCGCUCAUGCCCCUGUGUCCCCAUGCUUCCAUCCAUUCGCUCAUGCCCCUGUGUCCCCAUGCUUCCAUCCAUUCGCUCAUGCCCCUGUGUCCCCAUGCUUCCAUCCAUUCGCUCAUGCCCCUGUGUCCCCAUGCUUCCAUCCAUUCGCUCAUGCCCCUGUGUCCCCAUGCUUCCAUCCAUUCGCUCAUGCCCCUGUGUCCCCAUGCUUCCAUCCAUUCGCUCAUGCCCCUGUGUCCCCAUGCUUCCAUCCAUUCGCUCAUGCCCCUGUGUCCCCAUGCUUCCAUCCAUUCGCUCAUGCCCCUGUGUCCCCAUGCUUCCAUCCAUUCGCUCAUGCCCCUGUGUCCCCAUGCUUCCAUCCAUUCGCUCAUGCCCCUGUGUCCCCAUGCUUCCAUCCAUUCGCUCAUGCCCCUGUGUCCCCAUGCUUCCAUCCAUUCGCUCAUGCCCUGUGUCCCCAUGCUUCCAUCCAUUCGCUCAUGCCCCUGUGUCCCCAUGCUUCCAUCCAUUCGCUCAUGCCCCUGUGUCCCCAUGCUUCCAUCCAUUCGCUCAUGCCCCUGUGUCCCCAUGCUUCCAUCCAUUCGCUCAUGCCCCUGUGUCCCCAUGCUUCCAUCCAUUCGCUCAUGCCCCUGUGUCCCCAUGCUUCCAUCCAUUCGCUCAUGCCCCUGUGUCCCCAUGCUUCCAUCCAUUCGCUCAUGCCCCUGUGUCCCCAUGCUUCCAUCCAUUCGCUCAUGCCCCUGUGUCCCCAUGCUUCCAUCCAUUCGCUCAUGCCCCUGUGUCCCCAUGCUUCCAUCCAUUCGCUCAUGCCCCUGUGUCCCCAUGCUUCCAUCCAUUCGCUCAUGCCCCUGUGUCCCCAUGCUUCCAUCCAUUCGCUCAUGCCCCUGUGUCCCCAUGCUUCCAUCCAUUCGCUCAUGCCCCUGUGUCCCCAUGCUUCCAUCCAUUCGCUCAUGCCCCUGUGUCCCCAUGCUUCCAUCCAUUCGCUCAUGCCCCUGUGUCCCCAUGCUUCCAUCCAUUCGCUCAUGCCCCUGUCCCCAUGUCAUCCUCGCAUGCCCCUGUCCAUCCAUUCGCUCAUGCCCCUGUGUCCCCAUGCUUCCAUCCAUUCGCUCAUGCCCCUGUGUCCCCAUGCUUCCAUCCAUUCGCUCAUGCCCCUGUGUCCCCAUGCUUCCAUCCAUUCGCUCAUGCCCCUGUGUCCCCAUGCUUCCAUCCAUUCGCUCAUGCCCCUGUGUCCCCAUGCUUCCAUCCAUUCGCUCAUGCCCCUGUGUCCCCAUGCUUCCAUCCAUUCGCUCAUGCCCCUGUGUCCCCAUGCUUCCAUCCAUUCGCUCAUGCCCCUGUGUCCCCAUGCUUCCAUCCAUUCGCUCAUGCCCCUGUGUCCCCAUGCUUCCAUCCAUUCGCUCAUGCCCCUGUGUCCCCAUGCUUCCAUCCAUUCGCUCAUGCCCCUGUGUCCCCAUGCUUCCAUCCAUUCGCUCAUGCCCCUGUGUCCCCAUGCUUCCAUCCAUUCGCUCAUGCCCCUGUGUCCCCAUGCUUCCAUCCAUUCGCUCAUGCCCCUGUGUCCCCAUGCUUCCAUCCAUUCGCUCAUGCCCCUGUGUCCCCAUGCUUCCAUCCAUUCGCUCAUGCCCCUGUGUCCCCAUGCUUCCAUCCAUUCGCUCAUGCCCCUGUGUCCCCAUGCUUCCAUCCAUUCGCUCAUGCCCCUGUGUCCCCAUGCUUCCAUCCAUUCGCUCAUGCCCCUGUGUCCCCAUGCUUCCAUCCAUUCGCUCAUGCCCCUGUGUCCCCAUGCUUCCAUCCAUUCGCUCAUGCCCCUGUGUCCCAUGCUUCCAUCCAUUCGCUCAUGCCCCUGUGUCCCCAUGCUUCCAUCCAUUCGCUCAUGCCCCUGUGUCCCCAUGCUUCCAUCCAUUCGCUCAUGCCCCUGUGUCCCCAUGCUUCCAUCCAUUCGCUCAUGCCCCUGUGUCCCCAUGCUUCCAUCCAUUCGCUCAUGCCCCUGUGUCCCCAUGCUUCCAUCCAUUCGCUCAUGCCCCUGUGUCCCCAUGCUUCCAUCCAUUCGCUCAUGCCCCUGUGUCCCCAUGCUUCCAUCCAUUCGCUCAUGCCCCUGUGUCCCCAUGCUUCCAUCCAUUCGCUCAUGCCCCUGUGUCCCCAUGCUUCAUCCAUUCGCUCAUGCCCCUGUGUCCCCAUGCUUCCAUCCAUUCGCUCAUGCCCCUGUGUCCCCAUGCUUCCAUCCAUUCGCUCAUGCCCCUGUGUCCCCAUGCUUCCAUCCAUUCGCUCAUGCCCCUGUGUCCCCAUGCUUCCAUCCAUUCGCUCAUGCCCCUGUGUCCCCAUGCUUCCAUCCAUUCGCUCAUGCCCCUGUGUCCCCAUGCUUCCAUCCAUUCGCUCAUGCCCCUGUGUCCCCAUGCUUCCAUCCAUUCGCUCAUGCCCCUGUGUCCCCAUGCUUCCAUCCAUUCGCUCAUGCCCCUGUGUCCCCAUGCUUCCAUCCAUUCGCUCAUGCCCCUGUGUCCCCAUGCUUCCAUCCAUUCGCUCAUGCCCCUGUGUCCCCAUGCUUCCAUCCAUUCGCUCAUGCCCCUGUGUCCCCAUGCUUCCAUCCAUUCGCUCAUGCCCCUGUGUCCCAUGCUUCCAUCCAUUCGCUCAUGCCCCUGUGUCCCCAUGCUUCCAUCCAUUCGCUCAUGCCCCUGUGUCCCCAUGCUUCCAUCCAUUCGCUCAUGCCCCUGUGUCCCCAUGCUUCCAUCCAUUCGCUCAUGCCCCUCUCCAUGCCUUCGCUUCAUCCAUUCGCUCAUGCCCCUGUGUCCCCAUGCUUCCAUCCAUUCGCUCAUGCCCCUGUGUCCCCAUGCUUCCAUCCAUUCGCUCAUGCCCCUGUGUCCCCAUGCUUCCAUCCAUUCGCUCAUGCCCCUGUGUCCCCAUGCUUCCAUCCAUUCGCUCAUGCCCCUGUGUCCCCAUGCUUCCAUCCAUUCGCUCAUGCCCCUGUGUCCCCAUGCUUCCAUCCAUUCGCUCAUGCCCCUGUGUCCCCAUGCUUCCAUCCAUUCGCUCAUGCCCCUGUGUCCCCAUGCUUCCAUCCAUUCGCUCAUGCCCCUGUGUCCCCAUGCUUCCAUCCAUUCGCUCAUGCCCCUGUGUCCCCAUGCUUCCAUCCAUUCGCUCAUGCCCCUGUGUCCCCAUGCUUCCAUCCAUUCGCUCAUGCCCCUGUGUCCCCAUGCUUCCAUCCAUUCGCUCAUGCCCCUGUGUCCCCAUGCUUCCAUCCAUUCGCUCAUGCCCCUGUGUCCCCAUGCUUCCAUCCAUUCGCUCAUGCCCCUGUGUCCAUCCAUUCGCUCAUGCCCCUGUGUCCCCAUCUUCCAUCCAUUCGCUCAUGCCCCUGUGUCCCCAUGCUUCCAUCCAUUCGCUCAUGCCCCUGUGUCCCCAUGCUUCCAUCCAUUCGCUCAUGCCCCUGUGUCCCCAUGCUUCCAUCCAUUCGCUCAUGCCCCUGUGUCCCCAUGCUUCCAUCCAUUCGCUCAUGCCCCUGUGUCCCCAUGCUUCCAUCCAUUCGCUCAUGCCCCUGUGUCCCCAUGCUUCCAUCCAUUCGCUCAUGCCCCUGUGUCCCCAUGCUUCCAUCCAUUCGCUCAUGCCCCUGUGUCCCCAUGCUUCCAUCCAUUCGCUCAUGCCCCUGUGUCCCCAUGCUUCCAUCCAUUCGCUCAUGCCCCUGUGUCCCCAUGCUUCCAUCCAUUCGCUCAUGCCCCUGUGUCCCCAUGCUUCCAUCCAUUCGCUCAUGCCCCUGUGUCCCCAUGCUUCCAUCCAUUCGCUCAUGCCCCUGUGUCCCCAUGCUUCCAUCCAUUCGCUCAUGCCCCUGUGUCCCCAUGCUUCCAUCCAUUCGCUCAUGCCCCUGUGUCCCCAUGCUUCCAUCCAUUCGCUCAUGCCCCUGUGUCCCCAUGCUUCCAUCCAUUCGCUCAUGCCCCUGUGUCCCCAUGCUUCCAUCCAUUCGCUCAUGCCCCUGUGUCCCCAUGCUUCCAUCCAUUCGCUCAUGCCCCUGUGUCCCCAUGGCUUCCAUCCAUUCGCUCAUGCCCCUGUGUCCCAUGCUUCCAUCCAUUCGCUCAUGCCCCUGUGUCCCCAUGCUUCCACAUUCGCUCAUGCCCCUGUGUCCCCAUGCUUCCAUCCAUUCGCUCAUGCCCCUGUGUCCCCCAUGCUUCCAUCCAUUCGCUCAUGCCCCUGUGUCCCCAUGCUUCCAUCCAUUCGCUCAUGCCCCUGUGUCCCCAUGCUUCCAUCCAUUCGCUCAUGCCCCUGUGUCCCCAUGCUUCCAUCCAUUCGCUCAUGCCCCUGUGUCCCCAUGCUUCCAUCCAUUCGCUCAUGCCCCUGUGUCCCCAUGCUUCCAUCCAUUCGCUCAUGCCCCUGUGUCCCCAUGCUUUCCAUCCAUUCGCUCAUGCCCCUGUGUCCCCAUGCUUCCAUCCAUUCCGCCCAUUCAUGCCCCUGUGUCCCCAUGCUUCCAUCCAUUCGCUCAUGCCCCUGUGUCCCCAUGCUUCCAUCCAUUCGCUCAUGCCCCUGUGUCCCCAUGCUUCCAUCCAUUCGCUCAUGCCCCUGUGUCCCCAUGCUUCCAUCCAUUCGCUCAUGCCCCUGUGUCCCCAUGCUUCCAUCCAUUCGCUCAUGCCCCUGUGUCCCCAUGCUUCCAUCCAUUCGCUCAUGCCCCUGUGUCCCCAUGCUUCCAUCCAUUCGCUCAUGCCCCUGUGUCCCCAUGCUUCCAUCCAUUCGCUCAUGCCCCUGUGUCCCCAUGCUUCCAUCCAUUCGCUCAUGCCCCUGUGUCCCCAUGCUUCCAUCCAUUCGCUCAUGCCCCUGUGUCCCCAUGCUUCCAUCCAUUCGCUCAUGCCCCUGUGUCCCCAUGCUUCCAUCCAUUCGCUCAUGCCCCUGUGUCCCCAUGCUUCCAUCCAUUCGCUCAUGCCCCUGUGUCCCCAUGCUUCCAUCCAUUCGCUCAUGCCCCUGUGUCCCCAUGCUUCCAUCCAUUCGCUCAUGCCCCUGUGUCCCCAUGCUUCCAUCCAUUCGCUCAUGCCCCUGUGUCCCCAUGCUUCCAUCCAUUCGCUCAUGCCCCUGUGUCCCCAUGCUUCCAUCCAUUCGCUCAUGCCCCUGUGUCCCCAUGCUUCCAUCCAUUCGCUCAUGCCCCUGUGUCCCCAUGCUUCCAUCCAUUCGCUCAUGCCCCUGUGUCCCCAUGCUUCCAUCCAUUCGCUCAUGCCCCUGUGUCCCCAUGCUUCCAUCCAUUCGCUCAUGCCCCUGUGUCCCCAUGCUUCCAUCCAUUCGCUCAUGCCCCUGUGUCCCCAUGCUUCCAUCCAUUCGCUCAUGCCCUGUGUCCCCAUGCUUCCAUCCAUUCGCUCAUGCCCCUGUGUCCCCAUGCUUCCAUCCAUUCGCUCAUGCCCCUGUGUCCCCAUGCUUCCAUCCAUUCGCUCAUGCCCCUGUGUCCCCAUGCUUCCAUCCAUUCGCUCAUGCCCCUGUGUCCCCAUGCUUCCAUCCAUUCGCUCAUGCCCCUGUGUCCCAUGCUUCCAUCCAUUCGCUCAUGCCCCUGUGUCCCCAUGCUUCCAUCCAUUCGCUCAUGCCCCUGUGUCCCCAUGCUUCAUCCAUUCGCUCAUGCCCCUGUGUCCCCAUGCUUCCAUCCAUUCGCUUCAUGCCCCUGUGUCCCCAUGCUUCCAUCCAUUCGCUCAUGCCCCUGUGUCCCCAUGCUUCCAUCCAUUCGCUCAUGCCCCUGUGUCCCCAUGCUUCCAUCCAUUCGCUCAUGCCCCUGUGUCCCCAUGCUUCCAUCCAUUCGCUCAUCCCCUGUGUCCCCAUGCUUCCAUCCAUUCGCUCAUGCCCCUGUGUCCCCAUGCUUCCAUCCAUUCGCUCAUGCCCCUGUGUCCCCAUGCUUCCAUCCAUUCGCUCAUGCCCCUGUGUCCCCAUGCUUCCAUCCAUUCGCUCAUGCCCCUGUGUCCCCAUGCUUCCAUCCAUUCGCUCAUGCCCCUGUGUCCCCAUGCUUCCAUCCAUUCGCUCAUGCCCCUGUGUCCCCAUGCUUCCAUCCAUUCGCUCAUGCCCCUGUGUCCCCAUGCUUCCAUCCAUUCGCUCAUGCCCCUGUGUCCCCCAUGCUUCCAUCCAUUCGCUCAUGCCCCUGUGUCCCAUGCUUCCAUCCAUUCGCUCAUGCCCCUGUGUCCCCAUGCUUCCAUCCAUUCGCUCAUGCCCCUGUGUCCCCAUGCUUCCAUCCAUUCGCUCAUGCCCCUGUGUCCCCAUGCUUCCAUCCAUUCGCUCAUGCCCCUGUGGUCCCCAUGCUUCCAUCCAUUCGCUCAUGCCCCUGUGUCCCCAUGCUUCCAUCCAUUCGCUCAUGCCCCUGUGUCCCCAUGCUUCCAUCCAUUCGCUCAUGCCCCUGUGUCCCCAUGCUUCCAUCCAUUCGCUCAUGCCCCUGUGUCCCCAUGCUUCCAUCCAUUCGCUCAUGCCCCUGUGUCCCCAUGCUUCCAUCCAUUCGCUCAUGCCCCUGUGUCCCCAUGCUUCCAUCCAUUCGCUCAUGCCCCUGUGUCCCCAUGCUUCCAUCCAUUCGCUCAUGCCCCUGUGUCCCCAUGCUUCCAUCCAUUCGCUCAUGCCCCUGUGUCCCCAUGCUUCCAUCCAUUCGCUCAUGCCCCUGUGUCCCCAUGCUUCCAUCCAUUCGCUCAUGCCCCUGUGUCCCCAUGCUUCCAUCCAUUCGCUCAUGCCCCUGUGUCCCCAUGCUUCCAUCCAUUCGCUCAUGCCCCUGUGUCCCCAUGCUUCCAUCCAUUCGCUCAUGCCCCUGUGUCCCCAUGCUUCCAUCCAUUCGCUCAUGCCCCUGUGUCCCCAUGCUUCCAUCCAUUCGCUCAUGCCCCUGUGUCCCCAUGCUUCCAUCCAUUCGCUCAUGCCCCUGUGUCCCCAUGCUUCCAUCCAUUCGCUCAUGCCCCUGUGUCCCCCAUGCUUCCAUCCAUUCGCUCAUGCCCCUGUGUCCCCAUGCUUCCAUCCAUUCGCUCAUGCCCCUGUGUCCCCAUGCUUCCAUCCAUUCGCUCAUGCCCCUGUGUCCCCAUGCUUCCAUCCAUUCGCUCAUGCCCCUGUGUCCCCAUGCUUCCAUCCAUUCGCUCAUGCCCCUGUGUCCCCAUGCUUCCAUCCAUUCGCUCAUGCCCCUGUGUCCCCAUGCUUCCAUCCAUUCGCUCAUGCCCCUGUGUCCCCAUGCUUCCAUCCAUUCGCUCAUGCCCCUGUGUCCCCAUGCUUCCAUCCAUUCGCUCAUGCCCCUGUGUCCCCAUGCUUCCAUCCAUUCGCUCAUGCCCCUGUGUCCCCAUGCUUCCAUCCAUUCGCUCAUGCCCCUGUGUCCCCAUGCUUCCAUCCAUUCGCUCAUGCCCCUGUGUCCCCAUGCUUCCAUCCAUUCGCUCAUGCCCCUGUGUCCCCAUGCUUCCAUCCAUUCGCUCAUGCCCCUGUGUCCCCAUGCUUCCAUCCAUUCGCUCAUGCCCCUGUGUCCCCAUGCUUCCAUCCAUUCGCUCAUGCCCCUGUGUCCCCAUGCUUCCAUCCAUUCGCUCAUGCCCCUGUGUCCCCAUGCUUCCAUCCAUUCGCUCAUGCCCCUGUGUCCCCAUGCUUCCAUCCAUUCGCUCAUGCCCCUGUGUCCCCAUGCUUCCAUCCAUUCGCUCAUGCCCCUGUGUCCCCAUGCUUCCAUCCAUUCGCUCAUGCCCUGUGUCCCCAUGCUUCCAUCCAUUCGCUCAUGCCCCUGUGUCCCCAUGCUUCCAUCCAUUCGCUCAUGCCCCUGUGUCCCCAUGCUUCCAUCCAUUCGCUCAUGCCCCUGUGUCCCCAUGCUUCCAUCCAUUCGCUCAUGCCCCUGUGUCCCCAUGCUUCCAUCCAUUCGCUCAUGCCCCUGUGUCCCCAUGCUUCCAUCCAUUCGCUCAUGCCCCUGUGUCCCCAUGCUUCCAUCCAUUCGCUCAUGCCCCUGUGUCCCCAUGCUUCCAUCCAUUCGCUCAUGCCCCUGUGUCCCCAUGCUUCCAUCCAUUCGCUCAUGCCCCUGUGUCCCCAUGCUUCCAUCCAUUCGCUCAUGCCCCUGUGUCCCCAUGCUUCCAUCCAUUCGCUCAUGCCCCUGUGUCCCCAUGCUUCCAUCCAUUCGCUCAUGCCCCUGUGUCCCCAUGCUUCCAUCCAUUCGCUCAUGCCCCUGUGUCCCCAUGCUUCCAUCCAUUCGCUCAUGCCCCUGUGUCCCCAUGCUUCCAUCCAUUCGCUCAUGCCCCUGUGUCCCAUGCUUCCAUCCAUUCGCUCAUGCCCCUGUGUCCCAUGCUUCCAUCCAUUCGCUCAUGCCCCUGUGUCCCCAUGCUUCCAUCCAUUCGCUCAUGCCCCUGUGUCCCCAUGCUUCCAUCCAUUCGCUCAUGCCCCUGUGUCCCCAUGCUUCCAUCCAUUCGCUCAUGCCCCUGUGUCCCCAUGCUUCCAUCCAUUCGCUCAUGCCCCUGUGUCCCCAUGCUUCCAUCCAUUCGCUCAUGCCCCUGUGUCCCCAUGCUUCCAUCCAUUCGCUCAUGCCCCUGUGUCCCCAUGCUUCCAUCCAUUCGCUCAUGCCCCUGUGUCCCCAUGCUUCCAUCCAUUCGCUCAUGCCCUGUGUCCCCAUGCUUCCAUCCAUUCGCUCAUGCCCCUGUGUCCCCAUGCUUCCAUCCAUUCGCUCAUGCCCCUGUGUCCCCAUGCUUCCAUCCAUUCGCUCAUGCCCCUGUGUCCCCAUGCUUCCAUCCAUUCGCUCAUGCCCCUGUGUCCCCAUGCUUCCAUCCAUUCGCUCAUGCCCCUGUGUCCCCAUGCUUCCAUCCAUUCGCUCAUGCCCCUGUGUCCCCAUGCUUCCAUCCAUUCGCUCAUGCCCCUGUGUCCCCAUGCUUCCAUCCAUUCGCUCAUGCCCCUGUGUCCCCAUGCUUCAUCCAUUCGCUCAUGCCCCUGUGUCCCCAUGCUUCCAUCCAUUCGCUCAUGCCCCUGUGUCCCCAUGCUUCCAUCCAUUCGCUCAUGCCCCUGUGUCCCCAUGCUUCCAUCCAUUCGCUCAUGCCCCUGUGUCCCCAUGCUUCCAUCCAUUCGCUCAUGCCCCCUGUGUCCCCAUGCUUUCCAUCCAUUCGCUCAUGCCCCUGUGUCCCCAUGCUUCCAUCCAUUCGCUCAUGCCCCUGUGUCCCCAUGCUUCCAUCCAUUCGCUCAUGCCCCUGUGUCCCCAUGCUUCCAUCCAUUCGCUCAUGCCCCUGUGUCCCCAUGCUUCCAUCCAUUCGCUCAUGCCCCUGUGUCCCCAUGCUUCCAUCCAUUCGCUCAUGCCCCUGUGUCCCCAUGCUUCCAUCCAUUCGCUCAUGCCCCUGUGUCCCCAUGCUUCCAUCCAUUCGCUCAUGCCCCUGUGUCCCCAUGCUUCCAUCCAUUCGCUCAUGCCCCUGUGUCCCCAUGCUUCCAUCCAUUCGCUCAUGCCCCUGUGUCCCCAUGCUUCCAUCCAUUCGCUCAUGCCCCUGUGUCCCCAUGCUUCCAUCCAUUCGCUCAUGCCCCUGUGUCCCCAUGCUUCCAUCCAUUCGCUCAUGCCCCUGUGUCCCCAUGCUUCCAUCCAUUCGCUCAUGCCCCUGUGUCCCCAUGCUUCCAUCCAUUCGCUCAUGCCCCUGUGUCCCCAUGCUUCCAUCCAUUCGCUCAUGCCCCUGUGUCCCCAUGCUUCCAUCCAUUCGCUCAUGCCCCUGUGUCCCCAUGCUUCCAUCCAUUCGCUCAUGCCCCUGUGUCCCCAUGCUUCCAUCCAUUCGCUCAUGCCCCUGUGUCCCCAUGCUUCCAUCCAUUCGCUUCCAUGCCCCUGUGUCCCCAUGCUUCCAUCCAUUCGCUCAUGCCCCUGUGUCCCCAUGCUUCCAUCCAUUCGCUCAUGCCCCUGUGUCCCCAUGCUUCCAUCCAUUCGCUCAUGCCCCUGUGUCCCCAUGCUUCCAUCCAUUCGCUCAUGCCCCUGUGUCCCCAUGCUUCCAUCCAUUCGCUCAUGCCCCUGUGUCCCCAUGCUUCCAUCCAUUCGCUCAUGCCCCUGUGUCCCCAUGCUUCCAUCCAUUCGCUCAUGCCCCUGUGUCCCCAUGCUUCCAUCCAUUCGCUCAUGCCCCUGUGUCCCCAUGCUUCCAUCCAUUCGCUCAUGCCCCUGUGUCCCCAUGCUUCCAUCCAUUCGCUCAUGCCCCUGUGUCCCCAUGCUUCCAUCCAUUCGCUCAUGCCCCUGUGUCCCCAUGCUUCCAUCCAUUCGCUCAUGCCCCUGUGUCCCCAUGCUUCCAUCCAUUCGCUCAUGCCCCUGUGUCCCCAUGCUUCCAUCCAUUCGCUCAUGCCCCUGUGUCCCCAUGCUUCCAUCCAUUCGCUCAUGCCCCUGUGUCCCCCAUGCUUCCAUCCAUUCGCUCAUGCCCCUGUGUCCCCAUGCUUCCAUCCAUUCGCUCAUGCCCCUGUGUCCCCAUGCUUCCAUCCAUUCGCUCAUGCCCCUGUGUCCCCAUGCUUCCAUCCAUUCGCUCAUGCCCCUGUGUCCCCAUGCUUCCAUCCAUUCGCUCAUGCCCCUGUGUCCCCAUGCUUCCAUCCAUUCGCUCAUGCCCCUGUGUCCCAUGCUUCCAUCCAUUCGCUCAUGCCCCUGUGUCCCCAUGCUUCCAUCCAUUCGCUCAUGCCCCUGUGUCCCCAUGCUUCCAUCCAUUCGCUCAUGCCCCUGUGUCCCCAUGCUUUCCAUCCAUUCGCUCAUGCCCCUGUGUCCCCAUGCUUCCAUCCAUUCGCUCAUGCCCCUGUGUCCCCAUGCUUCCAUCCAUUCGCUCAUGCCCCUGUGUCCCCAUGCUUCCAUCCAUUCGCUCAUGCCCCUGUGUCCCCAUGCUUCCAUCCAUUCGCUCAUGCCCCUGUGUCCCCAUGCUUCCAUCCAUUCGCUCAUGCCCCUGUGUCCCCAUGCUUCCAUCCAUUCGCUCAUGCCCCUGUGUCCCAAUGUCCAUCCAUUCGCUCAUGCCCUGGUCCCCAUGCUUCCAUCCAUUCGCUCAUGCCCCUGUGUCCCCAUGCUUCCAUCCAUUCGCUCAUGCCCCUGUGUCCCCAUGCUUCCAUCCAUUCGCUCAUGCCCCUGUGUCCCCAUGCUUCCAUCCAUUCGCUCAUGCCCCUGUGUCCCCAUGCUUCCAUCCAUUCGCUCAUGCCCCUGUGUCCCCAUGCUUCCAUCCAUUCGCUCAUGCCCCUGUGUCCCCAUGCUUCCAUCCAUUCGCUCAUGCCCCUGUGUCCCCAUGCUUCCAUCCAUUCGCUCAUGCCCCUGUGUCCCCAUGCUUCCAUCCAUUCGCUCAUGCCCCUGUGUCCCCAUGCUUCCAUCCAUUCGCUCAUGCCCCUGUGUCCCCAUGCUUCCAUCCAUUCGCUCAUGCCCCUGUGUCCCCAUGCUUCCAUCCAUUCGCUCAUGCCCCUGUGUCCCCAUGCUUCCAUCCAUUCGCUCAUGCCCCUGUGUCCCCAUGCUUCCAUCCAUUCGCUCAUGCCCCUGUGUCCCCAUGCUUCCAUCCAUUCGCUCAUGCCCCUGUGUCCCCAUGCUUCCAUCCAUUCGCUCAUGCCCCUGUGUCCCCAUGCUUCCAUCCAUUCGCUCAUGCCCCUGUGUCCCCAUGCUUCCAUCCAUUCGCUCAUGCCCCUGUGUCCCCAUGCUUCCAUCCAUUCGCAUCUCGCUCAUGCCCCUGUGUCCCCAUGCUUCCAUCCAUUCGCUUCAUGCCCCUGUGUCCCCAUGCUUCCAUCCAUUCGCUCAUGCCCCUGUGUCCCCAUGCUUCCAUCCAUUCGCUCAUGCCCCUGUGUCCCCAUGCUUCCAUCCAUUCGCUCAUGCCCCUGUGUCCCCAUGCUUCCAUCCAUUCGCUCAUGCCCCUGUGUCCCCAUGCUUCCAUCCAUUCGCUCAUGCCCCUGUGUCCCCAUGCUUCCAUCCAUUCGCUCAUGCCCCUGUGUCCCCAUGCUUCCAUCCAUUCGCUCAUGCCCCUGUGUCCCCCAUGCUUCCAUCCAUUCGCUCAUGCCCCUGUGUCCCCAUGCUUCCAUCCAUUCGCUCAUGCCCCUGUGUCCCCAUGCUUCCAUCCAUUCGCUCAUGCCCCUGUGUCCCCAUGCUUCCAUCCAUUCGCUCAUGCCCCUGUGUCCCCAUGCUUCCAUCCAUUCGCUCAUGCCCCUGUGUCCCCAUGCUUCCAUCCAUUCGCUCAUGCCCCUGUGUCCCCAUGCUUCCAUCCAUUCGCUCAUGCCCCUGUGUCCCCAUGCUUCCAUCCAUUCGCUCAUGCCCCUGUGUCCCCAUGCUUCCAUCCAUUCGCUCAUGCCCCUGUGUCCCCAUGCUUCCAUCCAUUCGCUCAUGCCCCUGUGUCCCCAUGCUUCCAUCCAUUCGCUCAUGCCCCUGUGUCCCCAUGCUUCCAUCCAUUCGCUCAUGCCCCUGUGUCCCCAUGCUUCCAUCCAUUCGCUCAUGCCCCUGUGUCCCCAUGCUUCCAUCCAUUCGCUCAUGCCCCUGUGUCCCCAUGCUUCCAUCCAUUCGCUCAUGCCCCUGUGUCCCCAUGCUUCCAUCCAUUCGCUCAUGCCCCUGUGUCCCCAUGCUUCCAUCCAUUCGCUCAUGCCCCUGUGUCCCCAUGCUUCCAUCCAUUCGCUCAUGCCCCUGUGUCCCCAUGCUUCCAUCCAUUCGCUCAUGCCCCUGUGUCCCAUGCUUCCAUCCAUUCGCUCAUGCCCCUGUGUCCCCAUGCUUCCAUCCAUUCGCUCAUGCCCCUGUGUCCCCCAUGCUUCCAUCCAUUCGCUCAUGCCCCUGUGUCCCCAUGCUUCCAUCCAUUCGCUCAUGCCCCUGUGUCCCCAUGCUUCCAUCCAUUCGCUCAUGCCCUGUGUCCCCAUGCUUCCAUCCAUUCGCUCAUGCCCCUGUGUCCCCAUGCUUCCAUCCAUUCGCUCAUGCCCCUGUGUCCCCAUGCUUCCAUCCAUUCGCUCAUGCCCCUGUGUCCCCAUGCUUCCAUCCAUUCGCUCAUGCCCCUGUGUCCCCAUGCUUCCAUCCAUUCGCUCAUGCCCCUGUGUCCCAUGCUUCCAUCCAUUCGCUCAUGCCCCUGUGUCCCCAUGCUUCCAUCCAUUCGCUCAUGCCCCUGUGUCCCCAUGCUUCCAUCCAUUCGCUCAUGCCCCUGUGUCCCCAUGCUUCCAUCCAUUCGCUCAUGCCCCUGUGUCCCCAUGCUUCCAUCCAUUCGCUCAUGCCCCUGUGUCCCCAUGCUUCCAUCCAUUCGCUCAUGCCCCUGUGUCCCCAUGCUUCCAUCCAUUCGCUCAUGCCCCUGUGUCCCCAUGCUUCCAUCCAUUCGCUCAUGCCCCUGUGUCCCCAUGCUUCCAUCCAUUCGCUCAUGCCCCUGUGUCCCCAUGCUUCCAUCCAUUCGCUCAUGCCCCUGUGUCCCCCAUGCUUCCAUCCAUUCGCUCAUGCCCCUGUGUCCCCAUGCUUCCAUCCAUUCGCUCAUGCCCCUGUGUCCCCAUGCUUCCAUCCAUUCGCUCAUGCCCCUGUGUCCCCAUGCUUCCAUCCAUUCGCUCAUGCCCCUGUGUCCCAUGCUUCCAUCCAUUCGCUCAUGCCCCUGUGUCCAUCCAUCGCUCAUGCUGUCCAAUCCAUUCGCUCAUGCCCCUGUGUCCCCAUGCUUCCAUCCAUUCGCUCAUGCCCCUGUGUCCCAUGCUUCCAUCCAUUCGCUCAUGCCCCUGUGUCCCCAUGCUUCCAUCCAUUCGCUCAUGCCCCUGUGUCCCCAUGCUUCCAUCCAUUCGCUCAUGCCCCUGUGUCCCCAUGCUUCCAUCCAUUCGCUCAUGCCCCUGUGUCCCCAUGCUUCCAUCCAUUCGCUCAUGCCCCUGUGUCCCCAUGCUUCCAUCCAUUCGCUCAUGCCCCUGUGUCCCCAUGCUUCCAUCCAUUCGCUCAUGCCCCUGUGUCCCCAUGCUUCCAUCCAUUCGCUCAUGCCCCUGUGUCCCCAUGCUUCCAUCCAUUCGCUCAUGCCCCUGUGUCCCCAUGCUUCCAUCCAUUCGCUCAUGCCCCUGUGUCCCCAUGCUUCCAUCCAUUCGCUCAUGCCCCUGUGUCCCCAUGCUUCCAUCCAUUCGCUCAUGCCCCUGUGUCCCCAUGCUUCCAUCCAUUCGCUCAUGCCCCUGUGUCCCCAUGCUUCCAUCCAUUCGCUCAUGCCCCUGUGUCCCAUGCUUCCAUCCAUUCGCUCAUGCCCUGUGUCCCCAUGCUUCCAUCCAUUCGCUCAUGCCCCUGUGUCCCCAUGCUUCCAUCCAUUCGCUCAUGCCCCUGUGUCCCCAUGCUUCCAUCCAUUCGCUCAUGCCCCUGUGUCCCCAUGCUUCCAUCCAUUUCGCUCAUGCCCCUGUGUCCCCAUGCUUCCAUCCAUUCGCUCAUGCCCCUGUGUCCCCAUGCUUCCAUCCAUUCGCUCAUGCCCCUGUGUCCCCCAUGCUUCCAUCCAUUCGCUCAUGCCCCUGUGUCCCCAUGCUUCCAUCCAUUCGCUCAUGCCCCUGUGUCCCCAUGCUUCCAUCCAUUCGCUCAUGCCCCUGUGUCCCCAUGCUUCCAUCCAUUCGCUCAUGCCCCUGUGUCCCCAUGCUUCCAUCCAUUCGCUCAUGCCCCUGUGUCCCAUGCUUCCAUCCAUUCGCUCAUGCCCCUGUGUCCCCAUGCUUCCAUCCAUUCGCUCAUGCCCCUGUGUCCCAUGCUUCCAUCCAUUCGCUCAUGCCCCUGUGUCCCCAUGCUUCCAUCCAUUCGCUCAUGCCCCUGUGUCCCCAUGCUUCCAUCCAUUCGCUCAUGCCCCUGUGUCUCCCCAUGCUUCCAUCCAUUCGCUCAUGCCCCUGUGUCCCCAUGCUUCCAUCCAUUCGCUCAUGCCCCUGUGUCCCCAUGCUUCCAUCCAUUCGCUCAUGCCCCUGUGUCCCCAUGCUUCCAUCCAUUCGCUCAUGCCCCUGUGUCCCCAUGCUUCCAUCCAUUCGCUCAUGCCCUGUGUCCCCAUGCUUCCAUCCAUUCGCUCAUGCCCUGUGUCCCCAUGCUUCCAUCCAUUCGCUCAUGCCCUGUGUCCCCAUGCUUCCAUCCAUUCGCUCAUGCCCCUGUGUCCCCAUGCUUCCAUCCAUUCGCUCAUGCCCCUGUGUCCCCAUGCUUCCAUCCCAUUCGCUCAUGCCCCUGUGUCCCAUGCUUCCAUCCAUUCGCUCAUGCCCCUGUGUCCCCAUGCUUCCAUCCAUUCGCUCAUGCCCCUGUGUCCCCAUGCUUCCAUCCAUUCGCUCAUGCCCCUGUGUCCCAUGCUUCCAUCCAUUCGCUCAUGCCCCUGUGUCCCCAUGCUUCCAUCAUUCGCUCAUGCCCCGUGUCCCCCAUGA